CUGCUGAGCACUUUAGCGCAUGCAGCCCGUCCAGAACCCCCCUGAUUCGUAGAAGGACCCCCAUUGAAAUUCAGAUCCCUCCGCUGGAUUCUCUAGUGUGUGUGCGCAAGCGUGUGCGUAUGUGUGUGUGUGUGUAUGUGUAUGUGCGUGCCACACACGCGCACACUGCCUGGCAGAUAUCAGCAGGUUGAGCCGAUCGGAGGAAACACAGAAAUUAGAUUCAUUGGUCAGAUAUUGCUGUCAUUUGCCUGCUCUCCGUGCAUCCUAACAUUUCACAGAAGAGCGGAGCCGGACACAGCGCAUCACCUUUACUCCAUAGCUGGGCUUCCCCUGUGUGGAUUCAAUUGAGGGAACUUUGACAAUACCUCCCUCCUUCCUACUAAACGCAGAAAAGAUGAUCUCUGCCCAGGCUCUCCUGAUUGGCUUGGUGUGUCGUUUCAUCUGUGGGUGUGCAUCAGCCUACACGCCCGAGGAGGCAGCGGAGCAGCAGUCGGCUUUCUCUGUGGCCAAGACCAGCAGCAUGGAGGGGGGCCCCAAGAUGGUGGUGACCUUCGACAAGGUUUAUGUCAACAUCGGCAAUGACUUCAACCCCAAAACCGGCAUCUUCCGCUGCCGCAUCCCCGGGGCGUACUACUUCUCCUUCACGGUGGGGAAGUUCCCCCGUAAGGACCUGUCAGUGAUGCUGAUGAAGAACAAGAACGAGGUGCAGGUGAUUGUCUAUGAUGAAAACUACAGUGAGGAGCGCAAGGUGCAAAGUCAGAGUGCUAUGCUGCAGCUUGACUUCGGGGACACUGUCUGGCUACGGCUUCACGGCAAUCCCAAGUACGCUAUCUAUAGCAACGUAGGUCACUACACCACUUUCAACGGCUACUUGAUCUACCCAGACACAUAUUCCUUCCAGCGGCCUGUCCACCAGAGCACCAUCCAUAGCUACAGCAAAGAGGUGUUGGCUCACGUUGGGCAAACUACUGAUAACCUGCAGUUGGACAAAUCAGUUCAGACUUUCAAGGAAGAGGAUGAUGAAGAUGAGGAACUCAGAUCAGCCUUCUCGGUGGCCCGCACUCAGAGCAUUGUGGGAGUAAACAAAGAGACCUUCGAACACAUGCCCAUAAAUUUUGACACAGACUUUGUUAACGUCGGUGAAGACUUCGACAUUUCCACAGGCGUCUUCACCUGCCGCAUUCCUGGAGCCUACUACUUCUCGUUCAACAUUGGCAAGCUCCCCAACAAGAUCAUGUCUGUCAAGCUGAUGAAGAACCACCUCGAGGUGCAGGCUAUGAUCUACGAUGACAGUGACAGCAAGAAGGCUCUGCAGAGCCAGAGUCUGAUGCUGUCACUGCACCGUGGUGACACCAUUUGGCUUUUCAGCCACCAGCAUGAUGGCUAUGGGGCUUACAGCAACCAUGGCAAGUACAUCACCUUCACUGGCUUCUUGGUCUACCCUGAGCUCCCCCUGCAUAGACCACAGCCAGCCAGAAAACCUUAAACCACAUGGUCCUGAAUAAGAUUUCUCAACCUUGCUAUUUAUGGACAAAAUGUUGCUUUAAAGACUGAUUUGUCAUUCUUUUGUACAUAUUUGGCAGUGCAGAAUUUGUUCUUUAUUUUUCAUUCACUCGAGGGGUAUGUGCAAUGACUUGGGCGAUUAUCAUUUUCUUUUGAGGCUGGGUUGUUUCCACUAUUCAGAUAAUGUUUCUGUGAAGCAGAUUCCAUGAGGCCAUAUAAGGGGCAUCCUAACCAUUACUUAAAGAAAGAUGACACAUUUUGCAGUUUUCUGGUAGUGAUUAAUAAAUCAACCUUAUUCUAGAGUAUAAAGAGAAAACACCUUUGAUCCACAUCAAUGCAAAGUUCACUUUUGUGAAAGCUUGGCAACGUGGAUAAACUUGUUUUAGAUGUUUGGACAAGAUGAAUUCAUAUUAAGUCAUCAGCUUUUUUCCAUUCACUCUAAAUGAGCCUUGUUCAAUUUUGACAAAAAUUACCCAUUGCAGUCUAAUCUGUUUGAUUUGAGCAAAUCCGAUAACAUAUUCAAUCAAUUUUAUGAAAGCUUCUCAGUCCAACCAUUAGAGAGGAGCAAAUAUACAUAUUACUUACAAAUUUCAUGAAUAUAUAACCACAGCACGCAAACUACAUAACCAUUGUUUGCAUACCAUGUUACUGCUAUUGAAUAAAUGUAAUAAUAAUUGCUAUUGUUAAUGCUUUACCUUUUCACAACAGUAAUUAUACUUAUUCAAUCAGUGGUGAGGCACAACUGUGCUCAGUAACAAUCAAGCCCUGCAUUAAUAAUAUUAACACAGUACCUGUCUAUUUACUGUAGGCUGUAAAGCCAUGAAAAUCAAUGUCAAAUUGUACUCAAAAUAUAAUUUUAUCUGUGCUAUAUCUGUACUUGGCGGGGAUCUGUGAGUUGAUAAAUCUAGUUCACAUCUGUAUUUAUACAUUUAAAAUUAUCUUUAAUAGGACUAGGUUCAGUAAAAAUCAAGAAAUUGUAUGAAAAUAUAAAAUUAAAUUAAAUUAACUAAUAAAGCAAUAAAGUUACUGUUCUUUAUCGAGGAGGGUUACAUUAUAGGAAGUCAAAUCUUAUGUCAAAUCAAAUGACAGUGAUUUGCACUAUAGAUUACAUGCUGCUGGUUAUGCACCAAAUGAAAAAAGUAUGUCUUUUCAAUGUUUACAUUUUGUUUACAGAUUACAGAGUUACACAGCAAUGGGAAGAUAACAAACCGUGUAAAAGGUGUGACUUGCUUUGAGAAUGCAUAAAGCUCCUCAAUCAGUUGUUAUGUUUGUAAUUUAAACAUCAUGUAGACUAAAUAAUAUAACAUGUUUAAUUAAUUUUUCAUAAAGCACCUCAAAGUGCUGGACAGUGUAAAAGCCAGGGAUCAAUGGUAAAAAUACACAUUAGAUGUAACAAAACACAAUACAUUAUGGCAGUACACCAAGUAGGAAAAUAUAUAUUUCUGCCGAUUAGAUAUGGAAACCUUAUCUGCUCAAUAUUAGAAUUCAACUUGGCUGAAAAAUAAUUAUAUCCUUUACCAAUGAAGAGAUAUUAUUACAAAUACAGUUAAAUAACAUUGCUGGCAAAAACACAUUUUUAGGUAGGCAUAGCCAUUUAAGUUAUUUUUUUUAUUUUAAUUUUUAAAUAAUUUUCAGUGGACUGAUUCAUUGGAUUCAUUUCAGCCUGGUAAAUUAUUCAUGAUAUGUGCAGUUUGUUGAUGUGUGGCAGACAAUUUCACCAUGCUUGCCAUGUGCUCAGUGCACGGAACAUAAUUAAUGUAUAGCACACACAAAUGUUAUCUCUUCUGUGAUUCAUUUGAAGUUAUAUAGUACCUGUCAUCUAAGACUAUGAGCAAAAUAUCUUGGAAAAAAAGGUCCAAAAAGUCAAAAUAUUAGGAAAAUAUGGUCUUUAUCAAGCAUUCAAACAUAUGUUUGUGUUCAAUACUAUCGACUCAUACACCAAAUUUAAAUAACAGCAUUGUAAUUCUGUUACCUCAGGUUUCUUAAAAUUCCUGCGAAAGUUCAAAGUUUUACCCAAAAAUUACAUAAUCGUAUUUCAUUAUCAACCCAUGCAGUGCCUUCCGAAAAUAUAGCAAAGGUACAGUGAAUUUUUUUAAAAUUUGUGCUAUAUACUUAAGGCAUUUGGAUUUUAGCUCAAAAGACCAAUAUAAGACAAAAAUACAGACAAUCAACUUUUAUAUCAUGGUAUGUACAUGUGUAUAUGUUUUACAGUUUUACAGAAACAGCUGUUUUUGCCUUGAAUCCCCCAUUUUCAGCUGUGCAAAAGUAAGUUAACAGAUGACCUUAAAAGUAAAUCUAAGCAAUAAAGUCUAAUAUUUGCUUGCGUAGCUCUUAAAUGCAAUAACUGCUUCAAGUCUACGACCCACUGACAUCACCAAACAUUUGCCAUCUUCUUUGGAAAGGCUUUUCCAGGCCUUCACUGCAGCUGCUGUCAGUUGAUCUUUGUUUUGGGGGGUUUCUGUCUUCAGUCCCCUCUUCAGCAAGUGAAAUGCAUGCUCGAGUGGAUUUAAAUCAAGUGACUGACUGACUUGGCCAGUCCAAGACUUUACAGUUUUUCCCAUUGAUGAAUGCUUUGGUUGCAUAGGUAGUGUGUUUUGGGUCUUGCUGCAGGCUGAAGCGCUAGCCAAUGACAUUGGAGGAAUGUGCUUGUAUGUAGUCAGACAAAAUCUGUCUGUACACAUCUGAAUUCAUCCUACUCCUGCCAUACUCUGUUACAUCAUCAAUAAAGACAAGUGAGCCUGUUUCAGAAGCAGCCAUACCUCACCACGCCAUGACAAUAUUUCAUUUCACAGAUGAGGAGGUAUGCUUUGGAUCAUGAGAUGUUCCUUUUAUUCUCUGCACUUUCUGCUUGACUUUGCUUGGUUAAGGUUUAUUUUGGUCUCAUCUGUCCAAAAAAAAUCUGAUGAUGAAAGGUUUGCAUCUUGCUGUAUCACCUAUAUAAUUCUGCACUCAAAGUCUUCUGCAUACACUGGCUUUAGAUAUUUUCAGCCCAAAGACUGCUGGUGAUGUCACUAACAUCACCUUCUCUUAGGGUUUUUCUUUGGGUUUGUCUGUCAUCAACUGCAGUUGUCUUCCUUGGCCAACCUGUUUAUUUCCACCAGUGGGUUCUCUUAUUUUCAAGACUUUCUAAACUUCUGUGGUUGAUAUGCCCAGUUUCUGUGCUAUCCUUCUUUAGGAAUUCUUCUGUUCUCUCAUAUUAGUUUAGCUGUUUUUAGGCACAAUUAGUUCUUCAUGAUGUUGUAUGCCUCUGACACUAAAAACAAAAAAACUAAAAAAGAUUGUGAAGACUAAGACUAAAAUAAAGACUAGACACUCACUGCUCUUUUAUGUGUGUCUAAUCCAUGCAAACCCCUGAGCAACAGUUAAGACCUGUCAGUCCACCGUUAACAUAAUUUUACACAGCUGAAAACAGGUUUUCUGGACAUUAUAGAAAUCUUUUGAUUUAACAAAGAAAAGCAUCUCCACCAUGCGAUCCUUACUUUAUCGUGGUGGAGUAGCACACACUCUCUGCCAUUACUCUGAUAUAGGACCUUACAUUAAGCCCUUAUUACACCACAAGCACAUGCAGGUCUUGAUUCAAAAGACGUAUUUUAGCCAUACCAUCAUCCAGUCCAAACAUCUGAAAUGCAUUUUCCCUGCUCCGAACAUGCAAAAUUACACAAUGAGAUACUGGCAACUAAUAUUUUCAACCAAUAGAUGGCAACCUAUUCUAGCUGUCACGUGUGAAUUCUGUAACAGUCGUAAAUAAUAAUAUUAUGGCACAGUUCCUUGCCAUUAUUGAUUAUUUUUAUCUCUCUUAUGUCACUAUACAUAGGAACAUUUUUGGAGCUUCACUUGAACUGAAUGGCUUCAUGAGAUUAAUAUAUAUAGUUGUCUGUGUUUGCAGGACUAUAUUGAAGUUUCUGAAUGAUUUAUAUCUGAGGCAUGGGACAUUAAUCAAAUGAUGAUACUACAGAUAUGUGUAUGAUGUGUUUGUGAAUCAUUCCGUUUUUAAUCUGAUCCAGUUGAUAUUUGUUCUGUAUUUUUAUCUUUCCAAAUAUAAUAUAAAACAGUUGAAGAAUAAAUAUAUCAUGAUCAUGAUAUUGCUAUGAUGAAUGUAUAUUAUAUGGUUAUUUUGGGAGUAUGCCACAAAACAACUGAUUCAGCGUGUAAUCCAUAUGACAAUUUUGGAAUCUUUCUGCAACACUGCUGCUAAAAACAGUUUGAAUGGUCAAUUCCAUAAAAUAUAUUUUCAUCUGUGAGCAACAGUAUUUAAUUUCAUGUGUUUACAGUUUUGACCUUUCUGUUAUUACAUCAAAACAAAUGAUAUGCCAAAACAUCUGAAGAAUGAAAUGGCCAACAACUACCAUUUUGUAAUUGUGUUAAUCCUUCAGUAUGCUACUGCAUAAAGCAAGUAUGACAUUCCCCUGUAAAUGAGAUUAUACUGUCUUCUUCAUGUUCAAGACAAUAUAUUAUCAAUGUUGAAAAUAAUUGAAUGGUGUUAAAGCACCAAUUAAUUUUUUAGUGGAAUUGCAUUUUUCCUGUAGAUGACUUGACUGUUUUGAUCAAUUCUAGGCCUAUGUCUCACCUGCAAGAAUAAUGAAUAAUAUGAUUCAGUUGUCUCAUGCAUGCUUAUAGGUUCUAAGCUUGUGAAAUGAUAUAAAAAUACUGUUUCCUAAAUGUAGUUUGCAUCAGUUUAUAUCAUUCUAUACAAAGGUAAACAUUUGUAAUUACUACAUCUGUGGCAUUUUGGUAAAGUGUACAUUUAUUUGUGGUCAUGUACAAAAUUCCAAACAAAAACAAAAAGGGUGUUUUCAAAAGUACAAGGGUGUUUUUAAUAUGAAUAUGUCUUUGAAAAUUGCUUGUGAAAUAUGAGGUAAUAAAGCCAAAAAGUUAACA